AUGAUCACAGUUGCCGGUGUCUCCAUCGACAAGACAACGCCAGUCAACUUCAAUGUUGGUGGAACACUAUUUGCCACAUCUUUGGCAACAGUAUUCAAAUGUCCUCAGAGCAUAUUAUGUCGUGUGGUCGAGAUGCAGAUCAAACAGAUACAGAAGGAGGAGGUCAUAUUCAUUGAUAGGAACCCAACCUACUUUGGUUGUCUACUUGACUACCUGCGCACCAGUCGUUACAACGCACCCAUUGGCGUCAACACCAAGGCACUUCUCGAAGAGGCAGAAUUCUUCAACAUCAAGCCACUAGUCCAAUUGAUCCAAGACGAGCCCGAGAUGACCAGAUGUGAUAUCAUAAACAUCAUCAACUCGUGCUACGACUAUCCUCGUCUUCAAGGAAUUUGGAUGAGUCGACUCAACUUCACGGGACUCGAUCUGAGUUGUGCCCUGUUCAACUAUUCCAAUCUCUCCAGGACAAUAUUUAAGAUGGCAACAAUCAAUCAAGCUUCAUUCAGUGGAUGCAAUCUUGAGUUUUCAUCCGUAGACUCCUGUAUUGGAUCGAACUGUGUAUUCAAUCGAGCCAAGGUUACCAAUGCCAUCUUCACAGAUAAUCAACUAUAUGAAUGCCAAGCAUAUUGUACCAACUUCUCAAAUUCCAACUUGUCCAACACGAGCUUUGCAUGCUCUGAUCUGAAAGGAAGCAAGUUUAUUGGUGCAAUACUUUAUGGAUGUGACUUCUCACAUUGCGAUAUUGCACAUUGUGACUUUACAAAUGCCAAGUUUGAUCAGACAAGUAACCUGAGUUGCACAAUCACCAAGGAGACGGUGUUUGAGAAUUCCAACUAUGAAGUGGCAAUCAACAAGAAGAACUGGAAGAAGCCCAAACAGAUCAGGACCAAGGGCAAGAUCUCGUCAAUCCCCGGAAUGAUCAUUGGUUAA